AUAAUAAUGGAUGACUGACAGAUCAUUGUUGGGAUGUUUAGUUAAUGGAUGAUUGACAGAUCAGUGUUGGGGAUGUUUAGUUAAUGGAUGAUUGACAGAUCAGUGUUGAGGGUGUUUAGUUAAUGGAUGAUUGACAGAUCAGUGUUGGGGAUGUUUAGUUAAUGGAUGAUUGACAGAUCAAUGUUGGGGAUGUUUAGUUAAUGGAUGAUUGACAGAUCAGUGUUGGGAUGUUUAGUUAAUGGAUGAUUGACAGAUCAGUGUUGGGGAUGUUUAGUUAAUGGAUGAUUGACAGAUCAGCGGUGGACAUCUAUGGUUAAGAGGGUGACAAUUGUGGCUAUUGAUAUAAUCAGUAUCUGAUAAACUGACUGCAGUGCAUCAGAAUUUGUUUUAUUAAUUUACACUGAAUCGUCACAUCUGGCCACAAUGCAGCUUUGGAACCUGAAGCAAUGCAGUCUUCGAGGUGUCUUAGUGUUUCUUUAAAGCACAGGACAGUACGAGUUCAUAUGAAUGUGGAGAUGCUAUGUUGAAGGUGUCGGGUCUUGCACCGGCUCCAUCAGGCCAUGAAUGGCAGUUUCAGUGUUCUGUUGGGGUGGACUGUAUCAACGCUGAACCUUGCUGUAUUUGGCUGGCUGUUUUAAGAGGUGUCUCACCUUGUACUUCUCCUCGUCCAACACCUCUUUCAUCACCCAGAAGACGUGGCUCCAGGAGGCUCAUACACCGUCAUCGCUUGUCUUGGGCUAAAGGCCAGAGAGAUGGCAUGGUGGCGUCCAGCAGGAAUCGGCGCCGGCCUCUGUCCAUGGGUGAGCUGGAAGGUGUGUCGUGGCAGGGCCCACGAACCAUUUUUCUCCAAAAAAAUUCACAAGGAUUUGGCUUCACUUUGCGACAUUUCAUCGUCUACCCACCGGAGUCGACUCUCCACAGCCUGAAGGAUGAAGAGAACGGUAAUCCAUCUGGAAAAGGUUGUCAGCGAUCUCACUUAGAGCCAAUGGACACCAUUUUUGUGAAGAGUGUGAAAGAAAAUGGCCCUGCUCAUCAAGCUGGACUGUGCACAGGAGACAGACUGGUGAAGGUUAAUGGUGAGAGUGUUCUGGGUAAAACCUACUCUCAGGUCAUUGCACUCAUCCAGAACAGUGAAAACAGUUUGGAGCUGUCUAUUAUGCCAAAAGAUGAAGAUGUGUUGCAGUUGGUAAGUGCGUACUCCCAGGAUGCCUACCUGAAAGGCAACGAACCGUACACUGGUGAAGUCCAGAACCUCCCAGAGCCCCCGCCUCUCUGUUACACUUCCAUCAAGCCUGGCUCCGCCCCCCACAGUCUCCUGGACAACUGCAGAACCAGCACCACCUCACCACUGGACAACCGGCCCCUUGCUGCCCCCACACCCACAUCUGGCUCACCCAGAGCUCUGGAGGAGUCCAGCAGCCAGCGGAGUUCAUCCAAGCAGCACCGAGGCCGGUCGUCAUCAGCCCUCAGCGCGCUCCAGUUUCACUUUGCAAACCACAACGCUGCCAUUGCUUCUGCAUCUCUGCCUCCACCUGGGAGGAGCAGCCUGCCGGCCUGCGCACGCUCCCACAGCGACGCCCUGUGCCACCAGGCUCUGACAGACUGGUACUACAGCCAGGCAGACGCUGCAGAAUGCAUGUCCCCCCGCCAACACAGUAUAUCUCAGGAAUACUUAUCCGAGCUGGGCCUGGGCUUAGCACUUGGUCCCAGACACUCAGCUGCCCCCAAAACCUCCACAAAGCAACACCAAAGAGACAAGCUCCUGCAGCGCCACCAGUCUGAUUCCUACAGGCUGGGAGACCGGACUGAUGGAUCAGGUCCCCAUGAUUCCUACAGACUGGGAGACUGGACUGAUGGAUCAGGUCCUGGCAGCAGACUGUGCUCACAGAGUCUGCUGGCUGCGUACUCUGAGUACGAGCACAACUACGGUAGGUCUGUGGAAACACUGGCUGAAGCUUCGGCUCUGGUCUCACAACACUAUGAUCACACUGUGCAAACCCCCCAAAGGACCAAAUUCAGUGAGCAGAACGAGCAGAGAGACUCAGGAGCACCUCCACACCCAGCUGCAGACACAGCCUCAGGCCGGCAGUCUGGUCAGCAGGUGGCCGAGCCCCAAACCAGGAGACUAAAAGACCAGGAACUAGUGGGCUAUAAAAGCUACAGUCCUUCUUUCUCCCGCAGAGCAGGACACGUCCUCCAGCAGGCCCAGUCCUUCAGAGAGCCCACCUACAGUGGGCCUCACCUCAGCUGGAACACCAGCAGUGAUGUGGAGGUAACACCCCGUCCCCGGUCCACCCCGGCUCGUCCCGCCUCAGAGGAGGAGCAGGUCCGGCUCAGAGAGGACAGAGUCUUCAGUCAGAAAGUGGUCCUGAGGCAGACGCUGCCUGCUGACAGCCGGAGAGCAGCUCAGUCCGUGCAGCAGCCACACUACACCAUGCCUGCUGGGUCACCGGAGCUGCCCGGCUGGACCCCACCAUCUGGAACCUCACCGCUUCCCACUGCCACGGGCCGCCGGGCCAAUGGUGGUCUGGCACAGCAUGCUCUGGACUCGCUAGCAUCAAUUCCUUUCAUAGAUGAACCCAGCAGUCCUAACACUAACCGUCAGGCCUGCUCUGUAGUGUCCAGUCCCCAGGCCUCCACUGUGUCCACCCUCACCUCUACCUUUGUGUCCCCCACCCUCUCCAUGUCCCCCUUUGUCCAACGUGGCUCUCAGGACUGCAGCAGCAUUAAAAGCCGCCGCUCUUCUUAUCUACUCGCCAUCACCACUGAGAGGUCCAUGUCCUGCGACGAGGGCCUCAACACUUUCAGGGAGGAAGGCCGAGUCUUCUCGAAACUACCAAAAAGGGUCAAGAGCUUUUUCACUGACAGGUCUCUGGAGAGUCUACGGGAUCAGGAGGAAGCCCGCUCCAAGCGCCACUCCACCUCUGAGCUGGGGACCACGGCAGUCAGUGACGUUCGCAGGGAAGGCUGGCUGCACUACAAACAAAUCCUUACAGAGAAGGGAAAGAAACUUGGUGGCAGCAUGCGUCUGUGGAAACGCGUCUUCGCUGUGCUCCAUCACCACUCGCUCUUUCUUUACAAAGACAAGCGAGAGGCUGUGCUCCACGGUGCAGGGGCAGGGCCCUGCCUGGAUGAACAUCCACCAAUCAGCAUCUGGGGCUGCCUGAUUGACAUCGCCUACAGUGAAACCAAGAGAAAGCACACGCUGAGGCUGACCACGCAGGACUUCUGCGAGUACCUGCUGCAGGCCGAGGACAGAGACGACAUGCUGGCCUGGAUCAGGGUCAUCAGAGAGGGCAGCAAAACCGAUAACGAGGAGGUUGGAUUCUCCAGGCAAGCUCUCAUCAACAAGAAGCUGAAGGACUACAGGAAGCAAAGCCUGACAGGAAACAAGCCAGAUUCAUCCACAAGAGGCCAUCGCAUGAUCCCGCCCUUCCUUCUGGUGAAAACUGACAACACGCUGAUGAACAGAGCCUUGAGAUCUGAGGACAAGGCACUGUGGGGCAUCAACAUCAUGAAGAAGAACAAGAAAGCAGACAGUCCUAAAGCCUUUGGAGUCAGACUGGAGGACUGUCAGCCAGCUGUUCACCAUAAAUUCGUCCCUCUGAUAGUGGAGAUGUGUUGUGGUGUUGUGGAAGCCAUUGGUCUGGAGUACACUGGUAUUUACCGUGUACCAGGGAACAACGCCAUGGUGUCCAACCUACAGGAGCACCUCAACAAGGGCAUGGACAUUAACUCUGCAGAGGAGAGGUGCCAGGAUCUGAACGUGAUCAGCAGCCUGCUCAAAUCCUUCUUUAGAAAGCUGCCAGAGCCUCUGUUUACUGAUGACAAGUACAGUGAGUUUAUUGAUGCCAACCGAAUCGAGGAUUCAGAGGACCGACUAAAGACCAUGAAGAAACUGCUCCACGACCUCCCAGAUCACUAUUAUCACACCCUGAGGUUCCUGGUGGGCCACCUGAAGAGAGUGGCCGACCACUCUGAGAAGAACAAGAUGGAGCCACGAAAUCUAGCUUUGGUUUUUGGUCCCACGUUGGUGAGGACAUCAGAGGACAACAUGAUUGACAUGGUCACUCACAUGCCUGAUCGAUACAAGAUAGUGGAGACCCUCAUCGUCCAUCACGACUGGUUCUUCAGUGACGGACAGCUUCAGAGGGACGGGACGACACCCGAGGACAAGCAGAGCCUGCAGCCUGAACCCAACAUUGAUCAUCUGCUGACCAACAUCGGCAGGCCAGGCAUGCCUGGGGACACAUCAGCAGAUUCCACCAGCAGCAGCGCUUCAGUUAAGCCAAAGAUUGCUUCUGGCUCCAGAAGAGAUUUAAAUGCCAGGGACUUUCUACCCAAGCUGCUCAUCUCUGCUGUGACCCGCAAACGUAAAAAAAGCCUCAGCGCCCACCUGGCAGGCAGCAGCGCUGACGAAGACUCUGAGCACGAGCCCAUCAAGACCACCAGCUACGAUGGAGAGGAAGGAGGAGGGGAGGAGGCAGGAGGAGGGGGGGAUGCGGGGGUCCACACCUGUUCUAAAAAAGAGAAGAGGCAGGAGCAUGUGCUGCCAGCUGCAGACCCUGCUGAGGCCAGUGCAGCAGACACACAACCACACACCCUGAACUCAAGACCCCCACCUGCCACUAACACCCCGUCCCAUCUAAGACCCGCUCGCCCCACCAUCCCUUUAUGGAUCUCCCCCAGAAGACCCCCCACCCUGCACCGGGCCUCAGGCUCUCCCAGCACCCAGCAGCCAGACUGGAGCCAGGCUGCCCCGGUCCACUACAGGAAGACCAGGCUGAGGGCCACUUCCAUGAACCUGGACCUGGACCUGGGCCUGAGUGAGGACAGGGUCAGAGGCUGGAGAUCCGACAGGGUGCAGGUGAUCCAGGUGAGUGAAGGACCGCCUCCUCAGCGUGGUCCAGCUCAGCCAGCAGAACCUCUCCCUCUGUCCUCGUCUCCAGGAUGGUUGGGCUCAGGGUCCCAGGGUCUGUAUUCUGUGGUGCUGAGGAGGUCUGCACGUGACCCACGAGACCAGAGCCGAGUGUGGCGCCGGCACACCGUGGUCGUUUAGUCAAUGAGGACACGUCACAGCCUCUGCAGCCAGGUUCUGUCAUGACGGGGGAUCAGACCCCCCACCAUAGAGAUGUGCUCUAACUACAAAACUACCAGAACCAUCCAGGACGUGCUGGGCUGGCUGCCUCUGCACCUCAGUGUUAACCAACAGGACGUUUUCCUCAACGAUGAAUGAAAAACCCCUCAGAGCAGGUCUUCAGGGGGUGAUUACUCCUGACUGAAGCAGGUCCUCCUGCACAGGAAAUAACAACAAACAAACAAAAACAAUGCAACCAGAACUAGAGAAUUUGCAUUUCCGGCGAAAAUGCUAGUGUGAAUGCCUCUUCCUGAUAACUUUAGCUCAAGAACAGCUAAGAAACAAACUGAUGAUGUCACUGAAGAUGUCACAGCUGCACAGACAGCAGUAAACUCUCAAGCAACAGAUUGUGCAGCUGUGACAUCAUCAAUUCCAGCUUUGACAUCAUCAAUUCCAGCUAUGACAUCAUCAUAACCAAAAUUGUUUUUUGCAGAAAAAGCUGAAUAUCUCAAAAAGUUUAAAAGGUAUCCAUACCAAGAGAUACAGCACACAUCUCCUGACCGAGCUGAACGUUUUGAUGUAUAAAUUGUGGAAAUUGCACAAAAACUGCGGAACGAGAAAGAGUCCAAAAAAACAUACGGAAGAAACAGGAAGUUUAAUAAAGAAUAAAGAGAAACAUGAAAACAACAGUGGGAAUGCUGGAGGCAUUCACACAAUGAAGAAGUUUCACAUCCAGUCCAGUGUGCUUUCUCAGUUUAAAAAGUGUGGAGCUCCCAGCUUUCCCCUGCAUGAGCCUCAGCUGGUGCAUCUAAACUCACCUGUAGAGGGCUCACUGCCCUCCCACCUGAGGGCUGUUACAGGUCAGGGCAGUUCUGCCUCUAUAAAAACACAUGGCUCUGUUGGCUGUCCUACAUUUCUUUGUUGUGUAAAUUAUAACCAAAGUAUCUGUAAAAUGAAUACUUGUGUUAAAAUAUACAAGUUGCUAAAGCUGGCUUAUGUGGCACAGAAAACAGAAGCAAUAGCUUCCAAAACAACCAGGAGACACAGCAGCUAACAUUGUCGAUUUCACAAAACAAUAAAUAAAUAAAUAAAUAAAUAAA